AUGUCCUUAAUAUUGGACUUGGGAGCUUACCUUUUUCGAGUACUCACCAGCUUCACAACAACCAUCAAUGAUCACCCAGCCAGCCCUCCAGCGGUCAUUAAAGAUGAUGAACAUUCCAAGUGCCGUUUCCGUCUCGAUAACGACAGUUCCGACACUUUCAUCCUCCCAGACGGCCGAAAACUCGGUUAUGCACAGUAUGGUUCACCAAAUGGGCGAGCUAUCCUUUACCUCCAUGGCCUUCCAGGCUCUCGCGUCGAGGCGGCUUGUUUUGAGGAGCUGGGGCUGAAAUUAGGCGCCCGUAUUAUUGCCGCAGACAGGCCUGGUUUUGGCUGGAGCUCACCACACCCCAGUCACACACUCCUUGAUCAUCCAAGGGACUUGGAACGCCUUGCAGAGCAUCUUGUGUUGGAUGAAUAUGGUGUCUUGGGAAUAUCAGGAGGCGGACCAUAUGCACUUGCUUGUGCGUUCUCAUUACCCCAUGAAAAGCUCAAGUGUGUUUCGAUUGUCUGCGGCCUAGGCCCCCCUGACAUCGCACGCUUGGACCUGAGCGAUGAAAAGCGUCUUGAGCUUCUGCAGCAGGAUGUGUCGUCAAGGUCCGGGUCCAAAGCAACUCUGUCUCGCGAGGUGGAGAAGGAGCUAGAGGUUAUGAGGGAUGAAGAUGUUCUCCGAUUGUUUUUGCGAACUAGUCGGGAAAGCUUCGCGCACGGGUGUGAUCCGACCGUGCAGGAUGGCAGGUUGGUCAGCACUGACUUUGGUUUUCAAGUGGAGGAUAUUCGUUCCGACCUACCAGUGCAGCUGUGGUAUGGGAAGCACGAUAGUUCUGUGCCACUCAAUCACGGUGUGCAAAUAGCGGCACGCUUGCGUGGUAGAGCGCAUCUUAGAGUGGAGGAUGAGUCACACUGGAGCAUUUCAAAUAACCGGAGGGAAGAGUACUUGGAGGCUCUGCUAAGGUGUAUGUGA